GGUUUUCUUCGACGUGCGGCACAGCAGCGCUGCAUUGCGAUGCUCAGAAGCGCCCACCCUCCCUAAUUCACAUGCUCAUCAUGGAGGAAUAACAGGUACCUGCUUUACAGAGAGAGGAGGACAGGCUUAUUCCCAUCCCCAGCGACAUCUUGAAACGUGGUCAGACCAUUCGCGAAUGUGUGUUAUACUGUUUUAGCUAAGCAGACAAUCGCGAUGAAGCAUUUUCUGAGGGUCCUGACCCAGUUACUGGUGUUGCUUUAUUGUAAGUGUUUGUGGCGGGGCCUGAAGUUUGUUAUCAGGAAGUUGACUGGACGAUGUGAGCUUCAACGGAUCUGUUACAAUAACAAACCUGGUGCUCGAAGGACCCUCAAGAUCGAAUCCUCACUCAAAUGCUCUAAACAUGAGCUUUUGCAGUCGGCCAUCAACGUUCACCCAGAUUCUGUGGAAAAGACUAUUGAUGAUAUAAUGUCACUGAAAAAGAUCAACCCUGACACUAACCCACAGCUUGGCAUCUCUCUCCAGGCUUGCCUGCUCCAGAUCGUGGGUUACCGAAACCUAGUAGUGGAGGUGGAGAAGCUGCGUAGAGAGCCGUAUGACUGUGAAAACCGAGCACAUGAGGAGAUGCUCAUGAAGCUGUGGAAGGAACUCCGUCCUGAUUCUCCUCUCUCUGGACGCAUCUCAAAGCAAUGGUGUGAGAUUGGUUUCCAAGGAAACGACCCCAAGACUGAUUUCAGGGGCAUGGGUCUCCUGGGCUUGCACAACCUUCUGUAUUUUGCAGAGCAUGACAAAGCCACCGCUCUCCAAGUUCUUCAUGACUCCUUGCAGCCCAAACACAGGAACGUUCCCAAAGAGGAAGCCAGCAAGAUGAGCAAAGCUGAGUGGGACAAGAAGAAAUUUGACAAAGCGAUUGGAUACUCCUUUGCCAUAGUUGGCAUAAACAUCACAGACCUGGCAUAUUCCCUGCUGGUGAGCGGGGCUCUGAAGACUCAUCUGUAUAAUGUGGCACCAGAGAUGCCAAGUCUAGUGCACUUCCAACAGACCUUCUGUUAUCUGAUGCAGGAGUUCCACAGGUUCUGGAUGGAGGAAGAUCCAUGUGACAUCAUGGAGUUCAAUCGCGUGCGCACCAAGUUCCACAAGAGCGUCCUGAAGCAGCUGAAGAACCCUGACAUGGCACUGUGUCCUCAUUUCACUGCCUCUGACCUUCACCUGGUCAACCUGUAGCUUUUCAUUCAUCUCAACUCUUGUGACCUUUCACCUUCUCAUCCUUAAUGUCCAUGUCUCAUUACUGCCAACUGCUUAGACGGUGUCUUUCUCAUGUAUUCUCACACCAGUGUCUCCUUCAGCCCAUCCGACCAGAAGUAACUGAAGAUCACCAGCACUGCUGAAGACCAUGUUGAUUGUAUGUGCGCAUGGCAACAGUGCACCACCUUACAGCUUUCACACUGAUUGUGAUAUUUACAGCCAUCUGAAUGUGGAUGGGAGAGACAUCUCUCCAGAUAGGACAGGGUU